CAAGAACGAUCUUGCUCAGCUUGUAGGACGGCUCGCAAAAGAGUCGUGGCAAGGAGACGGCCUAGAAACAUUAAUCUUGUGCUAGCGCACUAGGUAUCUUUCCCUUCUCUGUAUCGGCUUAUCACGUACACACCUGCUUGUUUUUAACCCUUUGCGACAAGCAUCGGCCACGCGAUGAUGCAAGCACCGUUGGCUCUACCGUCGAGAUCCAGCCAUGUCCUUCGGCUGAGGACAACCUCAACAACUCCAUCACUCCCCGCAGCCGUCAACCUGCGACGCUCCCACCGUCUCCCAACACCCCUCAAAGCCUCCACAGACACCUCUUCAACCUCCGUCGACGCCCCGGGUCAUGGCCCCACGCUCCCUCUCACCCCAGCCCCAGCUACCGCCGCUGCUGCAGCUGCCGACGCCGCCGCUGCUACUGCUGACGUCAGCACCACGACAACUACAACAGCCGCACCACCCGACAGUACGACAACGCCAGCAGCAGCAGCAACAGAAACAGCUCCCAUUCCGCCGACCGCAACAGCGACUGCAGCUGCUGCCUUGAACGAGAACUUCACAGGCGACAUGCUACAGCCUUCGGUGAUCAACUCGCCGUACGUACGGGCAGCUAGCGUUGUGGCGGCUGUAGCAGCCGUGGCGGGGUCUACGAUGCUACUGCCGAAUGCGGUGGGGGCGUUCCUGCAUGUCUCAGCCUAUGCCAUCCUGCUGGGCACUCAGCUGUGGAACACCUUCUUUGUGGGCAUCACCAUGUUCAAGAACCUGCCGCGACAGACCUUCGGACGCGUGCAGGCCAAGCUCUUCCCGCAAUACUUUGCGCUCACCACAGGCGCCAACCUCAUGGCCCUGGCCACCCUGUUCCUAGCCGGCGCCGCCAGCACCGCCCCGGGCUUGCGGGCGCUGGUGGCGCUGGGUGUGGCGCUGGCGGGCACGCUGGUCAACUGGCUGUACAUCGAGCCCAUCUGCACGGGCCUCAUGUUCCAGAGGUACGACAUCGAGAACCAGGCGGAGAAGACGGAUGCGGACAAGGACCGCAUUGCGGCUCUUUACAAGCAGUUCGGCAAGUGGCACGGCAUCAGCAGCCUGAUCAACCUGGUUGCCUUCUGCGUGGCGGUUUCACACGGCUGGUUCCUGGCCUCACUGCUGGUUAUGUACUGAUCGGCGUCUGUUGAGAUGACAGGGGCUGGACCAAACCCUUGAGAGGGAUCCCUUGAGCGGGGCAGGGUAGGUGGCGCCACACUUGGCCUGAGCAGGAGAGCGCAUGAGACCUUGAAAGCGGUGGCAGGGGGCUCGGAUGGCCCCGCCGCCCUGCGCCCUCGAGGACAGGGGUUGCGGGUUAUGGGGUUUUCCUGGACUGCCGCUGUGUAGAUAUGCGAUGAAGAGGGUGGAGGUUGUGGGCAGCCAGGGCCGUUGUUUCGUUGCUAGCGCAAUUGCUAUCGCUGAUGUUGCUGAUGGAUUUGCUCAAGAGCUUGUUGAUGCUUUUGGCUGAGCGCGAGUUGGUGCGUUUUGUGUGGAGGUGAGGUGAGGAGGUAGCCGGCAAGGUCGUGGAGUGCAGGAGACGUGGGGCCUUGAUGGUAGCUAGGAUGUUGUUGGCGUUUAGAGGUUGUUUGGCUGAAGGCAUGUUGGAGGCCGCAUGGAGCGUGGAAUGGUGGCGUAAGAAGAAGCAGGACUGUUACCGGUAGGUGAGGAGGUCUUGGAUGACUGUUAGGUGGGCCAGGGAGUGACAGUGGAGUGUAGCGUAGCACGUGAGGACAUGACUGCACUAAGACACACGAGUUGUC